UGCAGUGUUGACGGAAGUGAAAGAAAGAGAGCAACAGAAUUUCGAAAAACCCUUUCCAGCAUGAAUCUAGUUUUUAAUUUGACUUAAAGCGCCACACGUUGACAAACAAAUCGCCCGCCUAUGACGUUGAGAGAAAAUCUGUUAUUUUAAAACAAAUUUCGGGUAACUAGCUCGUGCAAUGCAGCCCACCUGUGAGUGCGCUAGCGGUAGCACAGCGCAGAAUCUGAGUUCUACUGGUUCCAGAUUUCGCGUUCUCCUGGGUGUAACCGGUAGUGUUGCAGCACUAAAGGUCCCUUUGUUAGUAUCUCAACUUCUUGAAAUCCGGGGGAUUGAUGUACGGGUAGUCACCACCCAACACGCCACCCAUUUUUAUAAAGUGGAUGAGAUUCCUGUCCAUGUCUACACAGACAAGGAUGAGUGGGAGAUGUGGAAAACACGCACUGACCCUGUGCUACACAUAGAGCUGAGACGGUGGGCCGACCUGCUAGUCAUUGCACCAUUAGAUGCAAACACACUUGGCAAGAUAGCCAGUGGGAUUUGUGACAAUCUUCUGACAUGCAUUGUAAGAGCGUGGGAUAUGAGUCGUCCUCUACUCUUUUGUCCUGCCAUGAACACGGCCAUGUGGCAGCAUCCGAUCACGGCCCAGCAAGUAGCUACACUUCAGGGCUUUGGCUAUGUGGAGAUUCCCUGCAUUUCUAAGAAGUUGGUCUGUGGAGAUGAAGGCAAAGGUGCAAUGGCAGAGGUGUCAACUAUUGUGGAUGCAAUUCAACAGUAUCUUCCAAGACCAUCUAUUUAAAUCAUGAAAAAUUUUACAUAUAUUAAUAUAAAUCAAAUUGCAGAUAUAAUGUUAAAACAAGCAAGGAAAGUUUGUAAUUUUACUGAUGAAAGAUGUAAUAAUUGUUUCCAUAACU